AUGUCGGCCUCUCCCUCCAACCUUCAAUCGACUAAGCGUCCCCUCGAGGAUCCUUCCUCUCCUUCGGCUCCCAACGACCAGCCUGAGGCCAAGCGACCCGCCCUGGACAAAGUAGUGCGCAGCGACGCCGAAGCCGAGACGGACGUGUCGAGCAACCAAAUCCCGACUGUUGAGGGCUCGAAGGACACCCAAGGUGAUACCGUGGUCCCCGAUGCACCCAAUGGCAAGGACCACACCGAGACUCAGCCUAUCCAAUCGACCGCAUCUCACGGUGAACGAGCUGGCUCCCAGUCGGACCAGCACACGCCACAGGACGAGUCAAACUGGAUUCACAUUCGCGCGGUCAUCUCCAGCCAGGAGGCAGCCACGGUGAUCGGAAAGGCAGGUGAGAAUGUUUCCCAGAUUCGACGUCUGUCUGGCGCCAAGUGCACUGUCAGCGAUUAUUCUCGGGGUGCCGUAGAGCGGAUCUUGACCGUCAGCGGCCUCCAGGACGCGGUAGCCAAGGCAUUCGGACUAAUCAUUCGUACCCUGAACAAUGAACCUCUCGAGGCCCCUUCUACUGCCCAGUCCAAGACGUACCCGCUGCGUUUGCUAAUCCCUCACAUUCUCAUCGGCUCUAUCAUCGGCAAAGGUGGUAGCCGUAUCCGCGAGAUCCAGGACGCAUCUGGUGCACGACUCAACGCAUCGGAUGGCUGCCUGCCGCUGUCGACCGAGCGCUCCCUCGUCAUCCUGGGUGUCGCGGAUGCCGUGCACAUUGCGACUUACUACGUUGCCGUUACGCUCGUGGAACAACUGAAGGAACGAUUCAAUGGCCCUGCUGCUUCGGCAUACGCUACUCGUAGCGGCGGCCCCGCCGGCGCUGUUCCUGGUGGCAUGCAGGUUGCUCCCUAUGUUCCUCAGCCCGCCGGCGGCCAGUACGGCCACCCCGACACCUUCAAGCGCCACAAUCCUCACCCCAACCGCGCCCAAGCAGGUAACUACGGUGUUCCGUACCUGCACGGCCAACCUACCCCGGCUCCUGUUGGCCAGCCUGCCAUGCCCUACGGUGCCGCGCCUGCUCCCUAUGCUGGUGGUCCUCCUCAUCAGCCGGCUCCUUAUGUCGGCGGUCCGCAGCCGACUCCUGGUCGUGCAGGCCCGCCUGCACCGGCUCCGGUGGGAGGUGCUAUGCCCGGUCAGCCAAUGACUCAACAAAUCUUCAUUCCCAACGAUAUGGUUGGAGCCAUUAUUGGAAAGGGUGGAGCCAAGAUUAACGAAAUACGCCAUCUUAGUGGCAGUGUGAUUAAGAUCAACGAGCCGCAAGAGAGCAGCAACGAGCGUCUGGUGACCAUUACUGGUACUCAAGAGUGCAACCAGAUGGCUUUGUACAUGCUCUAUUCUCGACUUGAAAGCGAGAAGCACCGUGUCUAA